AUGGCAGACCAGAUCCAUGGUUCAAUCUCCAGUCAUCAUUCGAGUCACCUUACCCACCGUUCAGACACCCCUUCGCUGGCUGUAAUCAUGCUGUCGGAGCAGGCAAUGGCCUCUGGUGUUGAACCAACGCCCUACCCCGUUGCCCAAGGGUCUUUCGAUGAGGAGGAACAGCGCUCGUCCCGUUAUACACCAGAAAGUGACCCUUUCCAGCUAGCAAGUAAAUUGAUAUCCGCCGACGAAAUCAACAAGAUCAGAGCAAAUACAGCGCGGAAACGAGGUUAUGCAAACCCUGGCGUCAAGAGCGCCUCAAGAAAACUUCAAGGAUUCUAUACACUCCAGAACCAGAAUAUCGAAAGGCUUUUGAAGCCGGUGGACGAACAUGUACGGCUGGCCAAAGAAUACAACUCGCAGAAUCAACUCAAGUACAAGAUUGCCGUCUAUGGCAGCUUUGCCGCGAAUGUUAUUCUAUCAAUUCUCCAGCUCUACGCCGCAAUUGCGUCAGGAUCCCUGUCCCUUUUCACAACCAUGGCCGACGCAGUAUUCGAUCCUCUCUCGAACCUGGCCCUACUCGUCUCCCACAAAGCAGUAAAGCGCGUCGAUGCGCGUAAAUUCCCAGCCGGCAAAGCCCGCAUCGAAACCGCCGGGAAUAUAUUUUUCUGCUUCAUGAUGACUGCAGUAUCAAUGAUUUUGAUUUCAUUCUCUAUCAAGAGCCUGGCCGACGGAUACACUGAGAAUACAUUGGGAUUUGAAAUUCCACCUGUUGUCGCCGUGUGUAUUGCAUUUUUCACCAAGUUCUCCCUCUUCCUGUAUUGCUGGGCGUUACGGAACCAGUACUCCCAAGUCCGAAUUCUGUGGGAAGAUCACCGCAAUGACCUCUUUAUCAACUGUCUCGGUAUCUUGACUUCCGUCGGUGGCAGUAAGCUCAAAUGGUGGAUUGAUCCCAUGGGUGCCUUGAUCCUCUCCUGCCUUAUAUCCGUUCUGUGGCUUCGGACAGCAUAUUCCGAAUUCCAGCUCUUGAUUGGAGUCACGGCAGACACGCAAACGCAACAGUUGAUCACGUAUAUAUCAAUGACCCAUUCCCCAUUGAUUCAAGCCAUCGACACCGUGCGCGCUUACACUUCGGGGCCACGGUUGGUCGUUGAAGUCGAUGUCGUUAUGGAUCGCAAUGAGAGCCUUAUGGCCACUCACGAUGUUGCGGAGGAACUGCAAAUGAAGCUUGAAAGCCUCCCAGAUGUGGAGCGGGCAUAUGUCCAUGUCGACUACGAGACAACGCAUAAGCCAGAGCAUUUCUUGAAAAAGGAGCUCUAA